AUGGCCUCCUUCCUCCUGCAUCAGGCUCUGAGCUCCUCUCUCCACACACGCUGCCUCCCCCAGCAGGAGCUGCCCUCGCUGGGCCUGGACGGCUCCGACUUCAGCCUCUACAGUCCUCCUCCUGAGUCCGGCCCGUCUCCAUGGCUCCCGCCGUGCUCCCACAGCAGACAGGACCCGGGGCCCGGGGCCCCCGGAGGCCCCCCGGUCUCCGGGGGCCCCACAGCGCUCCCAGCCUUCUUCCCUCACCUCCUGAGCCCCCUGGGGGGCUCCUGGUUCUCCUCGGACGACCUGCUGAGCCUGGUCCGGCCUCCCUACUCCUACUCGGCCCUGAUCGCCAUGGCGAUCCGGAGCUCGCCCAAUCAGAGGCUGACGCUGAGCCAGAUCUACCGCUACGUCUCCGACCAUUUCCCCUUCUACAGCCGCAGCAAGGCCGGCUGGCAGAACUCCAUCCGCCACAACCUGUCGCUCAACGACAGCUUCCUGAAGGUUCCCCGGGACGACGCCGACCCAGGCAAGGGGAACUACUGGACUCUGGACCCAAACUGUGAGAAGAUGUUCGACAACGGAAACUUCCGGCGGAGGAGGAAGAGGAAGUCUGAUGCCACCGACAGGAAACCAUCAUCAUCAUCAUCAUCAUCAUCAUCAUCAUCAUCAUCAUCAUCAUCAUCAUCAUCAUCGUUGUUGGAGCCCAGCUCUAAACGUCCCAGCAUGCACUGCAGCAGCUUCCUGGACUCCCUCCCUCCUCCUCCUCAGAGCGGUUCCUCCUCCUGCUCCUCGUCCAACAUCCUGGUUCCUGAGCACGCCUCCCCUCCUCUUCCUCCCCCUCCUCUUCCUCAGGGAUACUACGCCUCCUUCUCGCCCGGCGCUGUGGUGCCUGAGUGGGACGCAGGCAGCUCCUCCUCCCCUCCUCCUCUCUUCCCCUCCUCUCAGUGGACUCCUCCUCCCACCUCCUCCCUGGCCGACCACCAGGCCUCCUCUGCAGCGUUCUACGGGGAGCUGCCCGGUCCAGAACCCGGUCCAGAACCCGGUCCAGAACCCGGUCCAGAAGCCGGGUUCUCCGGGUUCCUCAGCGAGGUUCGGGCGCUCGACUCGCUGCUCCUCCAGCAGUGAAGGAGACGAGGAGCUUUUCUUAUUUAUGCAUUCAGAGUUAAUUAAGCCUGAACUUUUGGAAAAUGUCAAUCUGAAAUUAAUUUUGGUGUAAAAACAGGAAAACAAAUGAAGAACUUUUUGCUUUUUUACCAAAUAUUCAGAACAGAGAAAACAAAAAGAACUCUAUUAAGUUUAUGACCUAAACAGUCAAAUAAAAUAAACCAGGAGAACCUGGAGAUCAUCGAUGGAGCAUCAGAACCACAAAACCGACAGAAAGUGGACUUUCUUUGCUUUGACAGUUUUUGCAGACAUGUAACGUAAUAUUUCUGUAUUUGUGCAUAUGAACACGCAUAUACUCUGUUAGUGUAUCUAUAAACUGUCUAACCUGGGCUACAGCAGAGCGUUUGUACUGCAGGCAGCUCCAGUUUCAAUCUGCCUGGAGAUGUUUGAUUUUUAUCAGUAAA